GUGAAUUUUACCUAGCAAUUCUCUCUCAUGGGGCCAAAUGGGCUCGGCAUGAUGGUUCAUAGAAGCUAUCCGACUAGCGCUUACCACCAUCCGACUUUUCCCAUUCCUUCUAUUUUCAGGACUCAAAUCAAGUCCUUGACCUUCUUUCAUCGCACCUUAUACCCACUCCCAUCAUGGAAGACUUCUACGAAGACCUCCCUGAGCGACCAGAAUGGCAAAUCAUCGCCGAGUUAAUCAAAAACCCAGAUUUCCCUCCCGCCGAGGCCGUCCAACGUCUCCUCCGGGCGCGCGAGGUCCUCCACCAGGAGGAACAAACCCCCCCGAGUGAAAUCGACGGCAACCACACAUGGUUCACCAUGUUCCCGCUCGUAGAGCUCGCAAGCCUCACUCCAGCCGCACAGCAGCAGAAGAUCAUCGAGUUCGUCGCCCAACUCCAACGCAUCAAACUCAUCGACCCCGCCACGGGCCAGCAGCCGACGGCAGUCGACUUGAAACUGUGGACUGAUCUCCCGUACCUUAGCGUGUACUUGGCUGAUCGGUAUGGCUUCCGUUAUAGAAGAUCCCAGGACGACCAGAAGGCUGACGAGGAUCUCCAGACGGAGUUGGAGUAUCCCCCCAGCGCAGUCCAGGAAUGGGAGAAUCGCAAUGCGUUCAUGGCGCAGCUGACCGCCGCGGCAGACGAGCUCGGCCAUCCCAUGGAUUUCUCGCUAUACGGGUUGUACUCGUGCCGAGAGGCGUUUGAGGAUGAUGAGGCGCGGGUGGAGGAGGCUGUGCGCGCAGCGUGUAUCUGGUAUAUGUAUGCGGGGCAGCGAAUGUGGGAAAACUGCCAGGUUCAGAGGAUGUUUGGGGAUGAUGACGAUCCUGGCCCGCCGCGACGAUUUGAUAUGGACCGAUGGGGGCUCUGGAAGGAUGGGUUGAAGGCGGCGCAGGUGGGCUUCCGACGGGCGAGUACGCUGGAGAUGAUCCGGAAGGCGUUGGUAGAGGUUGAGAAAGCGGAAUGUGGGAGUAAAGAUUGAAGGAGAAGGUGUGUCUGUUGUGUCACCUGUUGGACAAACAUCGAUACACUGUAG